AUGCCAUCCUGCCCCGUAAGUAAUGGGGGAGACGGAGCGGCUUACUAUGAUGUUAAUGUUGGCGUGAAGCAUGCGUUGGACAGGCGUCUCUCUGUGUUGUGUUGUGUACCAGUGCUGGAAGUGGACCGCCUGUUCGGAUUCAGUCCCAUUGCGUUUCGCGUGGGUCUGCAUCCGACGGCCGCCAUCUUGGUUGCCGCCUGGGGCGUGGCCGAGGCUAGCUACAAAAUGGGUUGCUGGGAGGUGUGGUGGCGAUUUUUGUUGGCGAUCAAAUCUGCCCCGCGCUAUACGUCGCGCUUACUCGAAACGUAUCCCGGUUAUCAGCCCACUAGAUCUCACGGCUGCUGCUGCCAGAGCAGACCGCAAUACGUAUACGUGCUGCCUGCGUCUUCUGGUCAAACACAUAGUUGCGCCCGUCAGGAGUUUAUUGACCUGAAUUUGAAUAGCUCUCGGCGCCGCGCCGUUGCCUCGCGAUGUCCAAGAAUA